CACCGAGCAGACAGCCUAGCUCAACAUGGCUCAGUUCACUUACAGCAGACUGGCUCAUUUCCUCAAACUAUCUGUUAACAAAUGUUCUGUUUUACGAACCGGGGCAGAAAUACAACAUGGACCCGCUUGCUGUGUACAUCUCAUCCGCUGCCAGAGGUCGGUUGACAGUAAGGCUUUACAGGAGAGACAGAAGCAGCAGAUGGCCAAAGGUCUUCCCAAACAGAAACCCAUCACAGGUGUUAAACAGGUCAUCGUUGUAGCGUCGGGGAAAGGCGGCGUCGGCAAAUCCACCACAGCAGUGAAUUUGGCUCUCGGACUGAUGGCCAACGAUCCAUCAAAGUCAGUCGGUCUGCUGGACGCUGACGUCUACGGUCCUUCGAUUCCAAAACUGAUGAACCUGAAGGGAAACCCAGAGCUCAAUGACCACAAUCUGAUGAUCCCUCUCACCAACUACGGCGUUCCUUGCAUGUCGAUGGGUUUCCUGGUGGAGGACGUUGCUCCCAUCGUGUGGCGAGGGCUGAUGGUGAUGUCAGCGAUAGAGAAACUGCUCAGACAGGUGGACUGGGGCUCGUUGGACUAUCUGGUAGUCGACAUGCCUCCGGGGACAGGAGACGUCCAGCUGUCAAUCAGCCAGAACAUCCCAGUAGCAGGUGCAGUAAUCGUGUCGACGCCUCAGGACAUCGCUCUGCUGGACGCUCGCAGAGGGGCGGAGAUGUUCAAGAAAGUUCAUGUGCCGGUUCUCGGCAUGGUGCAGAACAUGAGCGUCUUCCAGUGUCCCAACUGUAACCAUCAGACUCACAUCUUCGGCUCCGACGGGACCCGAAAGCUGGCGGAAACUCUGGGAGUCGCGUUAUUAGGAGACGUUCCUCUGCAUCUAAACAUCAGAGAGACGUCAGACAGAGGACAGCCGGUGGUCGUCUCCUCUCCUGACAGCCCCGAGGCUGAGGCGUAUAAGAAGGUGGCGUCUGCUGUGGUCCAGAGACUAGAAGAGGUCAACACUUGAUUAAAACGGCUUCAACAGGAAGUCGGGAUGUCGUCAUGGGAACAUGAAGACGCUCCGUCACACACGUAGAAAAAUAGACAAUAUAUAUGUAAACGAACAAAAAACACAACAAACAGAAACGCACAAACUUCUCUGCUGUUUUGACGCACAGUGAGUUGAAUUUAUAGCACUGAGUUGAUACUGUGUAUUUAUACCCAGUAUUACUGAAUUAAUGUGACUCAUUAAUGUGAUUUUAUUUAAAUAAAAAAAGUAAA